CAGAAGAGGACAGUUUCGUGCCGAGUGUCGAACUGAUCGCAGUGAUCGGUACCAUUUGUGGCUGUGAAAGGACGAGGAGCUAGUGCAAAGUUUGCAGUGAAUCAAUCUCAGUGUGAGUUACCAUGGUAGCUUGAACUGAAGAGUGGAGGUUCGAAUACGAUCGAAACCGACGACACAGUGUUAUGAUGGAGCUCGGUAAUAUGCUAUCCCGACUGAUUCUGUUCGGUUGUUUGGUUCAUCUUUCCACAUCGUUGCCUUUCUCCUUUCCGGAUGGAAGUAGUAGCAGUAGCGUCAACGGUAGAAGCCUUUCCUCUUCCGGCACAUCCAGCACAUCAAAUCGACGGCAGGAAGCAUUCGAGGGGCGCAGCAUACGUGGGAACGGAGCAGCAUCCAACAAACAUCAAUUCCCCGACAUCUACAGCCGGUAUCAGGUGCACGAGAAUGAGCCCGAUCCUCCGGGAUUGAGACCGACCGCAGGUGCUUAUCUCAAUCGUCCUGGCUCGAUCACUCCUCCACCUCCGCGCUAUACAACGCGAUCGGAUCGUCCAAAUGCGGCGUAUAACCGUUUGCCACCAUCUAAAAACGACGAACCGAUACAGGCCGAACCGGCCGGAGACUAUGACGACGGCGAUGAUGACGAUGUCGGCGAGGAAGAGGAACAGCCGGACAAGCCGGUGGUUAGUGCAUCGCCCGCAUUCAACAGGCCACCGAUCGUAGGAGGAGGCGGUGGUGGUGGUGGAGUAGCAUCCAACACGAUCAACAACCUGUUCUACGGCUUUAACGACAAGUUUGGAGGUCUGACGGAUGGACUCACGUCACUGUUUGGGGAAAACAGACACAAGUUUAAGUACAAGCGACGCAAACCGGGCCAGCCCUGCAUCCCCUACAGUUUGUUUCACAAGCUCAAGUAUGGCCGAGAUCUGCAGGGCAAUCCGGUUGAUCCGAAAACGCUCCUUCCGCACCUGAAUCUUGUGCUGGCCGACGUGAACUACUAUGCGCCCAACAAUAAUUACGGUGGCGGAGAUCACGCGGCGGACACCGGAACGGCUGGUGGAGCUGUGUUUAACAACCAUUUCUACGAUGCCGUUGGGGGAUAUCCUUGUCAGGGCAUUUCCUUCGGCGGAGGCGGAGGUGGUGGUGGUGGCGGUUUAUUUCCUCACAAACCGUUCAAGCCGCACCGUCCGCACGGUGGACCGCUCGGGUUCUUCGGCCAGGGUGGCCUGUUCGAUUGGGUGUCGUCCGCCGAUCAGGUACAACAGAGUGAUGAAGGUGUCGGGGAAACAGGCAGCGGCAAUCGACCAACGGUGGUGUUUAAUCUGAACGACGCCAUUGAUUCAGUGGCUACCAAUUGGAAACCGGGCGAAGGAUUUCAGAUGAUGAUGAGCGUGAUUGCGAACUUUAUCACACAAGUCGCUGGUGGAGCGGCAGCACCGGUAGCAGACGUUGCCACCGAUGUACGGAAGAUUAAUCGAGAAUUUUUCAGUCUGUUUGGUUAAAAGGGCUGUUGUUAUUGUUAUCGUUGUUCGUUGAUGUUUAGAAAAUAAGUAAAUUGUACACCAUGACAUCAGAUUGCAGUGAAUAAAACAAAUUAAAUUGUGAUUGUUACAAAAAUGUGUCUAAUGUAGAAGUUGCUUGAUAAUUUCGUAUCUUUGUCUUUUUAUCCU